CGUCGAUCUCCCUGCAGAACAUCACCAGCAUCUAUAGCAUAAUAUCGAAUCGGUAUUGUUUCUAUUUCAAACCAGCAGGCCUCGUUAGACCCAGCAUUUCUGGAUAUGGCUGAUUCGGAUAUGAUAUCCCCGACACCCUCGCCCAAAGGUAUGCAGGACGAAUCGAAGACCCAUCCAUCAACGUUGAAGUCCCGAUUCAUGCGGCUCUUCAAACACCCACGUCCUCUUUCAUCCGAACCUAUAUCUCAACUACGCUGCGGUUUCCUGAGUGUGCUGCCACUUGAAAUCCGGCGUCAGAUAUACAUAGAGAUUGUAGAGCUCUUUGGAACGUGUCAGCACGUCUUUCUACUAAACAACAACUUGACACAUAUGCGAUGUGUGUCACCAGAGUCACAUAUACCCUUUCAGAAGUUCGGUAUCAUACUCGCUCUGUGUCCUCGUGGCAAUGAGGCUUAUCGUAGGAAGGUUAGGAAUGGCUGGGAGAUAAUCCCUUUGCUUUUAAGCUGCAGACAGAUCUAUCUAGAGUUCAUCGAGCUGGUCUACCCAGCCACCACCUUCUAUCUCAACGUACCAGCCGCCAGACGACUCAUAGCCACGGUCCCAACUUCCUUCAUUUCCUCCUCACGUAUCCAUCUCGAAUUUAGAAUCGACAGAUCUAUGUACCAAUCAACUGGCAGUAGAACGAAUGCAUCUGCAAAUGCUGCUAAAGAAAAUUGGGAGGCUUUUUGGAGAGAGACAGUGGCAUUACAGAUAGGCCACUUGCUAGUAGAGAUUGAGGAUGAUGAAGGCGCCGCACCUGAGCAGAAUCUUUUGCAGCCCUUGAAACAGUCAAAAGUGCAAAACAUUGAGGUUUGGCUGCCGUGGCAAGCAGAACAAGAGAUUGGCGGGGAUGAUGGGCAUACUAGCUUUAAGAUCCUGCGGCCCCCAAAAGGGACAGAUCUGACUGUGGAAGAGAACUUUGAUAAAGCUUGUCAGGAGCCACCUGUAUCAAAGAAGAUCUUCCAAAGUUGGAGAAGGCAAGGAUGA